AUCAUUUUAUUUUAAUAUUUUUUUUACCGCAAAAACCACUCGCUGUGUUGGCGUCUUAUAACCUUGAAACCAGACGGAGGGAAGGAGGGAGAAAGAAUUCCACCACCGGUGAAGUGAAAAUAAAGAAGCUUGUUUCCAGCUCCGGACCACCGACGAUUUAAAUCGCACAACGAGAAAGGCGUUCAUUCAAAUUCUUCAAGCAUUUUUAAAAUAGUUUUCUUUCCUCAAUUACAAAAGCACGAAAAUCACUUCUAAUUUCUUUCUCCCUUACUCGCUGUUUUCUUCUUCUUCUUUUUGGUUUUUCAGAAACCCUAGCUGCGACCAGAACAAGGUCUCUUAUAUGUAUAUAUGUCAUGUUUGCUUUUCAUUUUUAUUUUAAGAUUAUGUAUUUUAACUAGUUGUUCAUAGUUACUGGCUCUUGUUAUUUUACUUCAAGGCCUGCACACGCUAUUGUCUCGUCUUGGAAGAAGGAGCUGGUAAUUUUUAAGCUUUAGAUGUGUUAUAUAUAUAGCAGCUGUUAACUGAAAAAGAAGCUUCUGUUGUUGAAUUGCGGAGGUGUCAGCAAUGAACUACCUCAGUUUUCAUCGUUUCCUUUGCUUUAGGUUUAAUCGGGACUUCAUUCGCCAGCCGCUGUCCCUUCUUGCUGUAUAAAUCGUUUGGAGUGGAGGGUAUUGGUAUUGAGGGUUUACAAUGGUUAAGUUGUUUGUAUUGGAGCCAGACUGGAGGAAAUAUGGGGAUAGUGAAUCUGCCAAGCAGAUAAUAUCUCUUCUAAAGAAAUUAGAAUCUGUUAUUCGGUCAGUGGUGACUUCUGGAGGUCGGUCAGAAGCUCGAUUAUGGCUUCAUAACACCAUAUCGGGUAUCACUUCCAUCACUCCCCAACAGCAGUGUGAGCUUUUUGUGAAUCUGUUGAGAUCCAAAUCAACAAGGAGAGCUUUAGCAUCCCAACUGAUGCAAAUGAUUUUUGAGAAAAGGCCACGAAAGGCUGGGUCUGUCUUAGCCAAAAAAAGUUACAUUCUUGAGAAAUUCUUUGAAGGAAAUCCAAGGCGUAUUCUUCAAUGGUUUUCUAAUUUUGCUUAUGGUGCUGGCUCUGAGCACAAAAGAGGUGCUAAAGCAUUAUCACAGUUUGCUUUUAUGAAUAGGGAUAUCUGUUGGGAGGAGCUUGAGUGGAAGGGAAAGCAUGGACAGUCACCAGCAGUUGUUGCUACAAAACCCCAUUAUUUUCUUGAUUUGGAUAUCCAAAGAACAGUUGACAAUUUUCUUGAGAAUGUGCCUGAAUUUUGGUCCUCAGAUGAAUUUGCUGAGUCAUUAAAAGAUGGUGAAAUUUUGUUCCUCGAUACCAAGUUUUUUGGAGAACUUUUUGUUGAUUUGAUGUAUAAAGAAGACUCACAAGAUGUAUGGGAAGUUAUAAAGGAGUUUCUUAUGGAGGAAUCUUUUGCAUAUUUGUCUCAUCAUCUUCUUGUCAUCCUUGAAGAGCCUGAUUUCAGCAGCUUCUUGGAAAUGGUUUGUAAAUAUAUCAACCCGGUAAUGGAUCCUAAGAAUUUUGGUUAUUCAUCUUUCUGGCCUGAGGUUACAUUUUCUAAGUUCCGUGAUUAUGAAUCAAUUGAGCAGCUGCUUCUGUUAAAUGCUGUUGUCAAUCAAGGACGACAACUUCUUCGGCUUGUAAAUGAUGAAGAGUACAGCAAUGUACGAACAAAAAUUGAAGACAUCAUAUCAGAAAUUUCCACUGCUUCAAGCAACACAGAUAACUUAGCUUCAGUCCUUAAAGAAUGCUUCAAGAUGAAGAUGACAGAAACAAUAAAAUUAUUGGGACUUCUAUCUUGGGUUAUGCAUUACAGAUUGUCAAAGGAAUGUCUGACUCCAGAUUCCUGGAAAAUUUUAUUUACAAUAAAUGGAAUAAGUUUUAAGACAACUAAUAAACAUGCCUUGAUAGAUAAUGAUAAGUCAGACGAAAGCGAGCCUGGACUAGAUCACAGAAAAUCAUCUAAAACUAGACGCAGGAAGAAACAUAAAAGUAGAAAGAAAAGGAGAAGGAACAUUUAUAAUGAUGAUGAUGACAGUGAUAAUGAGCUGCUGGAUUUUGAUAUGACAAGUGGUCAACAGAGUUUGCAACUGCAUAGCAUGAGUUGGCUGCUCUCUACUGACAGGUUUUCAGCAUCUUGGACAAAUGUGGAUUUACCAGAACACCUCUCAAGGCAUUGUUUUGUAACAUGGAUGAAGUGGGUUGUUGCCAGGUGGACUGAUGCGGGUUAAUUUGCCCCAGCUCUGUGAAUCAUACAUGAAGUGGGAGAAGUAACCUUAGUGGACCGUAGCAGUCUUCUGGAUAGCGAUAUUUUUCCAUUUCAACUUGCAAACUUGGAAUUCACAUGACAAAUAGAUGUCAUAAUGGUGUGUAUUGAUCUUAACCAAGUGUUUAAACUCAAAUAGCUUAUAUACUCGGUCUUGAGCCAAGUAUUGAAACUCAAAUAGGUCGAAUAUCUGGGACAGGAUUACUUAAUUGUGGUGAUUUUCAGGCUGGUGCAACAUCAUUUGUUUUUACAGGAAUUCAACUCAGCAGUUACCAUUUGACAAGGAGGGGUGCCUUUUAAAAGCCUAGCUUCUUGGUAAAAGGUACUCACGAAGCGGCUAUAGGUCGUCAACUUAUCAAUUGAAUUAAUAUCCAGCAGAUAAUUGUCUAUAAUUUUUAAGUGACUGAAACGGAGCCCACUCUUUCUUGUGUCUGCUUGUACUAAGGAGAAACUAACAGUUAUUUCCCUUCUCGGAAAUAGAUUAUGGAGCUGAGUUUUGACAAUGGGAUGAAAUGGAUUCAGUUUGAGAUUGAGGAAGCUAGCACCCUAAGACCUCACUGAUCAAACUGGAAGCAUCUUGCAGAAACUUAUGUUGGAGUAGGAAAGUUCUAUUAAUUGCUUCCAGAAUAGCUACAAUGGAAGAUUCUUUUUGGCACAGUUCAGGAAUUUUUGGUCUGUUGCAGAAUUGCAAAGUUCCCUGAUUGGAAACUGAUCUUAAUGUUCGAAAAAAUAUCAGCUGAUCUAUGAUGUUUUUCCAGGCACAAUUGGGCUAACAUCUCCUUAUCAAAGGGAAUAAUAAACUUUAUAUUAUAAUAUAUGUUUAUGCGUAUACCGCAGAGGAACAUAUUCGCUAAAAGUCAACAUAUUUCUUUCAAGAUUAGACCACAGUCGACUAUCCCAAGGCAUGAUUUCAGUGUAGCAUACAGGACUUUGAUGUGCUAUUAAAUCUCUAAGGAAUUUCCUUCCACUUUUAGCUGUCCUUGAUCUUCUUGCACGGUAUGUAAAAUUUUAUUUCUGAUGGAUGAAAUUAGCCAAGUUGACUACC